CGAGCUGCGAGGGCCGUGAGCGCACCAACAGACUGACGGACCGACGGACUGGCGGCCGGCGGGACCGACGGGGUAGUGCAGGGAGCUGGGAUGCGGCGGGACACCGGCAUGCCUGGCCACAUACAGCAGCCAAGUGGGCGCGGGAACCGAGGCCCUGCGCCCUCGCCUUCCGCAGGCCCGGGCCCCGGACCUGGAGCCUUGGAAAGGGUGGCGCUCAAGAAGGAGAUCGGGCUGGUGAGCGCCUGCACCAUCAUCAUCGGGAACAUCAUUGGCUCAGGCAUCUUCAUCUCACCCAAAGGUGUCCUGGAGCACUCAGGCUCUGUGGGCCUGGCCCUCUUCGUCUGGGUCCUAGGAGGGAGCGUAACAGCUCUGGGAUCCCUCUGCUAUGCAGAGCUAGGAGUUGCCAUCCCCAAGUCCGGAGGGGACUACGCCUAUGUCACUGAGAUCUUCGGGGGCCUGGCUGGAUUCCUGCUGCUCUGGAGUGCCGUCCUCAUCAUGUACCCCACCAGCCUGGCUGUCAUCUCCAUGACCUUCUCCAACUACGUUCUGCAGCCUGUCUUCCCCAACUGCAUCCCCCCAGCCACAGCCUCCCGAGUACUCUCCAUGGCCUGUCUAAGACACUUUGAGGAGCUGAGGCCCGGCAAUGCCUUCGCCUUCUGGAUGACACCCUCUGUGGGUCACCUGGCCCUGGCAUUCCUCCAGGGUUCCUUUGCCUUCAGUGGCUGGAACUUCCUCAACUAUGUCACAGAGGAGCUGGUUGACCCUCGAAAAAACCUACCUCGAGCCAUCUUCAUUUCCAUCCCACUGGUAACCUUUGUGUACACAUUCACCAACAUCGCCUACUUCACUGCCAUGUCCCCCCAGGAGCUGCUGUCCUCCAACGCAGUGGCUGUGACCUUUGGGGAGAAGCUGCUGGGCUACUUUUCAUGGGUCAUGCCUGUCUCUGUGGCACUGUCUACUUUUGGAGGGAUCAAUGGUUACCUGUUCACUUCGUCCAGGCUAUGCUUCUCUGGAGCCCGAGAAGGACACUUGCCCAGCUUGCUGGCCAUGAUCCAUGUCAGACGCUGCACCCCUAUCCCUGCCCUUCUUGUCUGUUGCGGGGCCACAGCGGUCAUCAUGCUCGUGGGUGACACAUACACACUCAUCAACUAUGUGUCCUUCAUCAACUACCUCUGCUACGGCGUCACUAUCCUGGGCCUGCUCGUGCUGCGCUGGAGGAGGCCGGCGCUCCACAGGCCCAUCAAGGUGAACCUCCUUGUCCCUGUUACAUACUUGGUGUUCUGGGCAUUCCUGCUGAUCUUCAGCUUCAUCUCAGAGCCUAUGGUCUGUGGGGUCGGUGUCAUCAUCAUUCUCACUGGGGUCCCCAUCUUCUUCCUGGGAGUAUUCUGGAGAAGCAAACCAAAGUGUGUGCACAGACUCACAGAGUCCAUGACACGCUGGGGCCAGGAGCUGUGUUUCGUGGUUUACCCCCAGGGCUCCCUGGAGGAGGAGGAAAAUGGCCCCAUGGGCCAGGCCUCCCCACUGCCCACCACGGACAAGCCCUUGAAGACACAAUGACACCUUGUAGAGACUGAAGCAGCUGUUUCUGUUUACAUGUUGUUUAUUAAGGAGGGUUUUUUUUUUUUUCAAAAAAACUUUUUUCUGGAAAAAAAGAAAUAUGACCCUUAGAGGCCUGUUGUAAGGAACCCUACUGCUGGGGUCAGGCUUCCUGUCUUAGCACAGCCCUGCUAGUUUUUUUCUGAAAGGACUAGAAAUAAACAGGGCUGGUUGUUGCUUGUAUGCAGGUUGGGAACAUGCCUCAGUUGGGGGUGGGGGACAUUAGCUGGGAAGGUGCUGUGGAGGUUUUCAGCACUAGAGGGUUUGCUGCUUGACCCAGAGCUGGCUCCAUGGGGCCCAGAGUCAUCCUGCCCCAAGGUGACAGUGAGGAUGGGGCUCCAUCCAUGAUUCUCCAUGAGCCACCUUGAGCUCAGCCACCCAGGAAAACCCAGAAAGCCCCAGCUAGGACUGUCUUCCCAUAAAUCAUUACAGAGUGAAUGCCACCACUUCCACUUCACACUGGCUUCAGUUGGGGAAACUGAGGCCCUGAGGCAGGAUGGGCUGGAUGUGGCCAUUGUUAGCCAAUACCUUGGCCUCUGUCCCCUGAGAAGGUGUAGAGCGGCCUGUCCCGUGGUCAGUCUUCUCUCAUGGCCACCUUUCCUACCUUAUCAUAGUGCCUGGGGAUUGGCCCAGAAGCCAGUGGGCAAAGGGCACUGGCCUAGCCAUGCCCAUACCGCCACCAUGAGUCGAAGCCCCUAGCCCAUCUCCUACAGGAUCCCUCAAAGGGCACUGGCCUAGCCAUGCCCAUACUGCCACCAUGGGUCGAAGCCCCUAGCCCAUCUCCUACAGGAUCCCUGAGGGGAGGGGUAGACGGAGCACUCACCAUGAACGAGGUCCAACACCCUCCAUGGCCCUUGCAGGCCUUACUACAGCUCCUGGCACAGCUCUGGGGUGGGCAGCUGAUGCCACCAGAGGGUGAAUGAACUGAGAAGUCACACAAAACAUUCCAGAAAGCCUGGCCCUGGUUCCCUUGCUUCUCUGGAAACUGAGUCCCAGAUCAGAGUUGCAGAGAGCAAGUGGACAAGAGACCCCAAGGUGCUAUGUUCACGCAGACCUCAAAGGCAAGCUCAUGGUU